CCUCUCACAAACCAACACAACACCAACAGCAACAUAACCAAUGGCUCCCUUCAAAAACCUAACCCAAGUCCAACUUCUUAAAGCCACGUUCUUCCUCCUCCUAACCCUAACCCUAGCCCUUCACUACCUCCUCUCCUCCUCCAUCACCAACCACAAACCCCUCAUGCUCUUCGUACUCUACGUGUCCCUUGUCUCAGUCCUCUCUUACGUUCUGACACGCCCGCGCCCCGUGUUCCUCCUCGACUUUUCGUGUUUUUUGCCCGACCACGAUCGAAAAUGCCCGUUCGAGGUCGCCGAAUACUUCAUCCGCCGCUCCAACCGGUUCACCGAGAAAUCCGAAGAAUUCAUGAAAGGAAUCUUCCGGAAGUCCGGCCUAGGCGACGAGACAUAUGCCCCACCCUUCAUCUUCGAACAAGACUACGAGGCCAAACAUGCGUCAGCAGUGCAGGAGGCAGAGGAGGGUAUCAUCACCUCCGUCGACUCCCUCCUCGCCAAAACCAAACUUAACAUGUCCAUCAUCGAUACCCUUGUUGUCACAUGUGGCACGUUUACCCCCGCCCCCUCGCUCACCUCCCAUAUCGUCGAACAUUACAAAAUGUCGCCCGAUAUAAAGACGUAUAACCUCUCCGGUAUGGGGUGUAGCUCUGGCGCUGCCUCCAUCGACCUCGCUUACCGGAUCCUUAACGGGUCGAGAAUGAUCAGAUACAUUCUUGUGGUGAUAACCGAGAGCAUAAGUCUGAGUUGGUAUUUCGGUGAUGACCGUUCAAUGUUGGUCACUAACUGCAUAUUUCGAGUCGGGACAGCCUCGGCCAUUGUAACUAAUGACCCCAAAUGUCGGGCUCGAGCCAAGUUUGAAUUGGUUCGGUCUCUUCGGACUCAUACCGGGUCAGAUGAUGCAUCAUAUAAUGCAGCUUAUCAAGCUGAGGAUGAGGACGGCAACGUAGGAGUUGCAUUGAAGAAGGAUCUGGUUCGGGUCGCAGGCAAGGGUCUGAAGACCCACAUCCGAACCCUCGCCCCGUGGGUCCUACCGUGGGCUGAACUUGUUUACUACGCCUAUCGGAUGGUAAUCGGAUCUGAAUCCGAUAAGCCGUAUGUACCCGACUUCACUACGGCAUUCGAGCACGUGUGCAUUCACACAGGCGGGAAGGCGGUUAUCGAAUCGGUCGGGCAGCUGAUGCGGUUCGGGUCGGAUGUGACCGAACCCGCCCGAAUGUGCUUGCAUAGGUUUGGUAACACUUCAAGUAGUCUGGUGUUUUAUGAGUUAGCUUAUUUUGAGGCUAAGAAGAGGAUAAAGAAAGGGGAUAGGGUUUGGAUGUUGGCUUUUGGGACAGGGUUUAAGGUUUGCAGUUUGGUUUGGAGGGCAUUAAAGGAUUCGGGUUUGGACGCGGAUAACCCGUGGAAGGAUUCGAUCCGCAGGUACCCAGUAAAAUCUUGGCAACAAUCAUAAAAUUGCACACUUGGUCCAUCCUCCAUUUCUAAAAAAGAAUAGAAAAGGACUCUAUUAUCCAAGUAUAAAUAAUUGUUACUUUAAUUAUAGUGUAUUUUGAAUGUUAUUAUUGGUAUUUGAUAUAGAUACUUGUCUA